AUGGGCAAGUCGUCGGAGGAACUUGAUCAGACGUUGAAGGGAGACGGGCGGCAGCCGGACGUGGCCCACGACAUAAGUCCUUUUAUGGCCCCCCCACGCGGCUCCCCCGCCCUGCGAUCGGCCCCGUCCUCGAUCGCAGGCGUCUCUCGGCCCUUGCUCCCUCCCUCCAUGCCGCCCGCCCGCGCCCGCGCCCCCGUCGUCGUCCUCACCGGCACCCCCGGCACAGGCAAGACCACCCACGCACAGCUCCUCCAGCAGGCAUCCCCCGUCCCCCUCCAGCACAUCAACGUCGGCGACUGGGUCAAGGACAAGGGCCUCUACCAGGACUACGACGACGAGUGGCAGAGCUACACCGUCGACGAGGACAAGCUCCUCGACGAACUCGAGCCCCUCGCAGCCGCCGGCGGCAUCAUCCUCGACUGGCACACAUCCGACAUCUUCCCCGAGCGCUGGCCCGACCUCGUCGUCGUCCUCCGCUGCGAUCACUCAAAACUCUGGGAUCGCCUCGAAAAAAGAGGCUAUCCGCUCAAGAAAAUACAGGAAAACAACGAGGCUGAGAUCAUGGAGGUCGUCCUCGACGAGGUCCGCUCGUCAUAUCCCCCAGAGAUCGUGGUGGAACUCCAGAGCGAAACAACAGACGAUCUGGAAGCCAAUGUUGCACGCAUUGUCCAGUGGAUAGAGGCUUGGAGAGAGGACCAUGAUACAUCCGAUCAAUAA